AUGCAAUCAGAGAAGCAAGAAGAGACUAUUUCUUUGCCAGAAACCAAGACCCAAACAUGGCAACCCACCUAUCUCAGAGACCUACCCUCUAUACCUGCAGAUGAACCCUCUACCAUCCCUUCGCUUCAAGAAAUGCACCGCUUCGACCGCUCCUUCAUCCUCAGCCACCUCGGCGGCACCCGCUGGCUCCCUUCCUUCUACAGCGUCCCCGAAGACGAACUCUCCCUCCUCCCCGGUCGUGGAUUCUACCUCCUCGACGACCAAACCGAGCCCUUAGCGCCCUCAUCUCCAGGCCUCCACGGCAGCCUUGUGACUCCAAUCCUGCGUCUACCAGAAGAUAACAAUCCUAACACUCCAAAGCCAGAGUCUAUGCACAAUGCCCCUUUGUUCCUCAAGUCGGGGCAAAAAUACAUUUACUUUGGGAUGUAUACCUACCUCCGCGCCGAUCGUCUAGACAUCGACAGAUGUUCCUCUUUACUCCCUUCCUCGCUAAAAGCAUUCUGGGCAAACCAACUCACCUCUCCAAACCGUCCAAAAUGGGUUACAGAGCUGUUGCAACAACACCUCUGUCCCCCUCCUACUUAUUCCGGUCCUUUGCCUUCUCAUGUCUCCGAUGAUACUGCGUCUUCAGCUUUAACGCAACACCUUCAAAUCCACGAAUCUUGGCAUCGCGACACGCACCUCAAGACUUCCUUCCUCAAGACUGAACACAUCCUCGCUGCGUUCGAGGCUCCGGAUACAGGUGGCGAGAUGCCUGGGAUAAGAUUCUGGUGUUUGGGGUUGAGGUGUGAAGGGUGGGAUAAGGGAUUCUACGAAAUGAUGGUUAGGGAAGAAGGAAAUUGGGAGAAGGAAGGAAGAAGGGAUGGAGAAAAGGAGAGAGAAAGACAAAAGGAGAUGUUGAGGUUGUUGGGAAGGAAGGGAAGACCGAUCAAGUGGUAA